CAGUGGGGACCAGACGUUCAGUCCGCGUUCCAUUACCGCCGAAGGCACACGCACCGUCUGUGUUUCGCUUCCGAAUUGCGUUCAACCGCAGCGGGCACGUUGUCUGAACACUGUAAGUUCGUAUACAUCUGUCGGACCUUCAGGUCGUCUGUGUUCAUAUGUGAAGUAGUUGCAGUGAAGCUCGUGGUUUGGGGCAGUUUAAAACAGAGGAGCCUGAACUUCGAGUUUAUGCCGGCUGGACACAAAAGUAUUUUUGAUUUAACCAACUAAACCUGCUUCAAAGCUGUCCUUUCUCUUCAGGGAGAUGGCAGAGUCACGCGUGCCUGGAGGUGAUGCCAUUAUAACCACGGAGGAGGAGUCUGUGAAGACGGCUGGACGUUUCCGAACUGCGCUGCCCCAGGUGCUGGCGAGUACAGCCAAGAACAUGAUACUUCUGGAUCUCGGCAUGACGGUAGCGUUUCCAACCAUCGCCAUUCCGAAGCUACAGAACACCACGGACCCUUUGGCGUUAAACAACGAGCAGACUUCGUGGUUCGGAAGCAUCAUGUACAUCUGUCAACCGCUGGGAAGUGUUCUGUCCGGUAUUGUACUUGAGCGCUUGGGCCGAAAGAAAUCUUUGAUCCUUGUCAACUUUCCUCACAUCGUCGGCUGGUUCAUCUUCUGCUUUGCCAGUUCGGUGCCAAUGCUGUACCUCGCAGCCGUCAUCAUGGGACUCGGCGUCGGGUUUGUGGAGGCGCCCGUCAUCACUUACGUCGGAGAGAUCAGCCAACCAAAGCUGAGAGGCGUUCUGACUUCAUAUUCAGGCAUAUUCGUACAGCUGGGCUUUAGCUUUGUGUACCUGCUGGGUUCUCUGACGCACUGGACGACGGCGGCCGGAGUCAGCGCUGCUGUACCCAUCGCCGCAGUGAUCGCAAUAAGCCAGGUGCCGGAAACACCAAUAUGGUUACUCUCUAGGGGCCGUUUCGAAGAGGCCGAAAGGUCGCUGUGCUGGCUCCGGGGAUGGGUCCCUCCAAGCGCCGUCAAGAAAGAAUUCAACGAUCUGGUGCUUUACUCCGAGAACAUUAAGAAGCUGAAAGACGAGCCGUACAAGACAGCGGAGAACGAAGGCGUCGCGACGGCGACGGACGUAUCCUCCAGAGAUAGCGCCUUCAAGAGGAAAUUACGGGAGCUGUUGAAGCCACAGACAUUGAGACCUCUCUCAUUGGUUCUCAUGUUCUUCUUCUUCCAGCACUCUUCAGGUUUCACUGCAAUGCGACCCUACAUGGUUCAGGUGUUCGAGGAAUUUGGACUGCCCAUAAACGCUUACUGGGUCACUGUAUUAAUUGGCGUGGUUGGUCUAAUAGGCAACGUGGUAUGUAUGGUAGGAGUGGCUUGGUGGGGUAAGCGCCCAUUGUCGCUCGUCUCAAUGGCUGUAGCGUCCAUGGCGGCCCUCCUUCUGGGAUCUUACGCCUUUGCUGUUAUCUCGCCAGGAGAAGUGGCUACAGCCGGCACGCGCCACGUUGCUUCCUGGGCACCCCUGACCUUAUUCGUGGUCUAUGCGUUAAUGCAAAGCAUCGGAGUGCUCCCUGUUCCCUGGAUGAUCCUCAGCGAGGUGUUCCCCUUCAGGAGCCGCGGGCUGGCAAGUGGAAUAGCAGCGGCUGGUUCCUACAUGCUGGCAUUUCUGGCCUCCAAAACCUUUCUGUCUGUGAAUUCAGCACUUAGCCUGCACGGAGUUUUCUGGCUGUAUGGUUGUCUUGGUUUCGUCGGAUUCUUUGUCAUCUACUGGACAUUCUCGGAGACAGAAGGGCGGAGUCUGGAGGACAUCGAGGAGUUUUACAAAAAAGGAAUGAGAGGUAAAAUCCCGAAGAAGAAACAGAUCAUAGGCGAAACAUCAAAAGAACCAUCCAUAAACUUUAGUCCUUCUACAAGUUCCGUUGUAAUAGAAAAGGGGAACGGGGUUGACAGUAAUGAUGAAGACAGGAUGAUAAAUAACACACUAUUCAAAACCCAGAGUUUAAGAAACAAGGCAAGCAAAUCAUUUUCUAGUAAUGAUGUAAGCAACGGAGCUGGAACAAGCACAGAAACUUUGGACACCGCGUUUACAGCCUCUACAGCUGAUCUGCAAGACCGGAUGCCCUCCACUGCAGAUGUAAGCAAGAAGAGUGAAGAGGCAGAAGAGACGCGUGAAGAAACGAAAGUUAGGGAAGAGAAAUGUAAGAAAGAGAAAGCGGCAGAAGAGGAAAUAUCCGAUGAAAUAAAAGAGCUAGAAAGAACCUCAAGUGAACCUACAACAGGGGAAGUCAGAAGUGGCAAAAACAAAGUAACAGACGAAAGUAACGCUAAAAAUGUUGAAAACUACAUUAAAGAAAAAGUGGAUGUACACAAUGAGGCAGAGGUGGAAGAGAGGACACAAAUGUGAUAAAUUUAAUAGGUAAUUUAAUUUUAUGUUUGUUGAUAUUAUUUUUGUUGGAAAGAAACGGAGAUUUUUAUUGAGCAUUCUCAUUAGUAGUUUUGUAACAUCUCGACGCCAGGGUUUCACAGCAGUGGACUUCGCUCACAUCGUAAGUAAGUUCACGUGCGUAACAGAAUUCAGUUCUGGCUCUGGAUUACGAAUGUAUUUAUCAUUAGACCUAUGAGUCUCAAAGAUUAAACCCUAUGGCCUGAAUUGUCCCGGUUUAUCCGAAUUUUAAUUUCCGGUUAUGCAAUGUCGCCUUUUUAGUUUUCCAUAUUCUUUUUUAAAGGUUAAAUAAGACACACAAAAAUGUCUGUGAGUGCUUACAAUAUAAAUGAAAAUAUCCAUCCAAAUAUACACUGACUAGUUAAUUAAGAUAAAUUUCCAACAGAUGUCGCAUGUUGUCAGAAAUAUUUAUGAAGGUCGAAAUUUUUGACAUUUAUAGGGUUAAUUUUUUUAAUUCGCUUAGUGGGGGGUGGAGUCCAACUGGGUCCACUCGGCACGGCGCCCACCGAUUGGCCU